CUCAUUGGACGUUCAUCACGAGGUCUUUUCUGACAGCAGGUUGUUUUCAAAACACAAUUCUGAAACGCCACAUGGAAAAGAAACCACGAAUGGCUCAGUAGCACAAAAAUCAGUUUGAGGUAUAUGGAAAUGACCCUACAACGACUAUGACACUCAAUACUCUGGAAACCCGUGCGGCCAAAGUGAACCUGACGACAGACCUCAGGAAUGUGAUUCACCAAAUCAAUCCUAACGAUCUCCUGUGCGCGUACAAACCAACCUUUGAGAAAUGGGCCACCCGAACAUUGCAAGAUCUGGAGCCACCGACAGAGGAGGACAAGAAGAAAGUUUUGCCCGGUGGUCAUCUGUGUUCACAGGACCUGGGACAGGGUGACUACAAGGUCUCCAUGGGCUGGGGGUUAUGUCCUCUACCCCAUUCCUGUGCAGGGACAGCCUACCAACGAGAACUAACCACCGUCCUCAAGCUCUCUAACUAUAAGCGAACACAUUCGUCUUCAACAGUCGACAAAGUGCCAGAAAAUCGUACAGCAGAAAGUAAAACACAUAAGAUUAGCUCGGGUCUGUAUCCAGGCAGAAGCACAUUUCACGACUUCAGGAUCCGCGAUGGCGGCGAAGAGCGCGGGUUCAGCAGCUCGUACAACAGAUCUCACUCUCCUCGCCAUGUGCCCUUUAAACACAGCGAUUGCAACGGUCAGCAUAUGACGAAUUACAGGGAGACCUACACCUACAAGAAGAUUGGAACGCACAAGAACCAGUACAUGAAGAGAGCUCUGGCGAGCGGUCUAACCCUUCAACAUUACCCGUUUCGAUGCUGUGAUAACCACUGUUGUCCCAGUGUGUCUCGCUCUGGAUCGUCUUUCCAGAAAGACCAUGGAGUUAUAACAAACUCUCUAUGCCCCACCUCUGCCAAGCUGUCCUCUCGAUCACCUCAAGUACAGGCCGAAGUCCAUGUAUCUGAGAGAAAGCAUAUGUUGCAAGUUUCUAAUGGAAAUAGAACUGGCCUAACCUCUGCUCAAAGAAAGGAAAUGCAGAAGAGUUCAGUUCCCCAGACCCUUAGCGGGUUAAACAAUGAGGCUACCAACAUGGAGAGAUUCAACAAGACCCUGCCGUCGAGUUCGUCCAGCAAGAGAGAGCUUGGAAACGUUCUCUUGGAUAUUUCUCUUAUGGGCUGCCGAACGCAUCCUACGCUACCCGGGAAGAAACCUCAGCAAAAAAUGUACCAUUUAACUCCGUCGGAUUCCUCGACCAUUUCCAGUUUUGUGGGCUCAGACUCUCAACCUUCACAGAAGAAGUAGGUGACUCCCAAUACAACAUGGACAACAACCACACGGGGAAUCAGCGAGGUAGCAGGAGGCCAGCGGACGUUUGCACGUCAGACUGACCCGCUUCUCCAAUCAGCCAUAUUUGUCAUUCUAACACCAGAUGUCAACAAAAGACUAAAGCGAGAUAACAGUGUCAACUGGAACAAUUUCUUGAAUAAAAUGGUCAUGUGACGUCUGCAGAACAGUCUUAGGGCACACAGGCCUGGCUCUUCUUUAGGGAGUAUUUCCGGGAUAGAGGUUACGCUGACCGAAGAGCGGCUUAUAUAUACAGAGGAUAGACCUGCCAUGGGAUGUAUAUGCACUACAACACCGAGCAUGGCGUAAUUUUGUUUCUGCGUGGUCAUCUUCAUGGUUGUUUGUAGACUUGAAAAACAACAUAUGCAUUGCUCUUAUUUGUCAGUACUUAAUGCCCAUUUCCUGAAGGGAUUAAUCU